AUGGGUUACAACGAAUGGGUUCACAAAAUCAACAUGGCGGUCGCCCGCUCUGUGGUGGGCAGGCGGUUCCGCCUCGACGGCUCUGGCCAUCCCAAAGAACGCAAGGGGUCUUACUUCUUCACCGAGAUCCGUGCUGGGUUGGCCACUUUUUUCGCCAUGGCUUACAUCAUAUCCGUCAAUGCCACCAUCGUCUCUCAAUCCGGCGGGACUUGUGUCUGCCCUCCUGACAGUCCGGAUCUAUGCGACAGCGAUCCUGACUACAUGAUCUGUGUUGCCGAGAUCCAACGAGAUCUUGUCACCGCGACAGCCGCCAUUUCAGCCCUCACCACAUUCUGCAUGGGCUUUUUCGCGAACAUGCCCAUUGCCUUGGCUCCGGGUAUGGGCUUGAACGCUUACUUCGCCUACACCGUGGUCGGAUAUCAUGGCUCCGGUCUCGUGCCGUACGAAGUCGCUGUCACCGCUGUUUUCGUCGAAGGAUUCGUCUUCGUCGGGCUCACCAUCCUCGGAUUGCGACAAUGGCUAGCCCGAGCCAUCCCUGCAUCCAUCAAACUCGCCACCGGUGUGGGGAUCGGGCUGUACCUGACCCUGAUUGGGCUGACCUACAGCGCUGGGAUCGGGGCCAUCACAGGCGCAUCAGAUACACCCCUUGAGUUGGCAGGGUGCCAUCCGGCCAAUCGCGACCCAGACUCUGGCCUGUGUCCAUCUUGGGACAAGAUGCGGAAUCCAACCAUGUGGAUUGGCAUCUUCUGCGGUGGUUUCUUUACUGUCAUGCUGAUGCUGUUCCGGGUCAAGGGCGCCAUCAUCUUCGGCAUUCUGCUGGUCAGCAUCAUCUCCUGGCCGCGGCCCACUCCAGUCACCUACUUCCCUCACACCGAUCUGGGAGAUAGCAUGUUCGACUUCUUCAAGAAAGUGGUCACGUUUCACCCGAUCGAGAAGAUCCUGACCGUCCAAAAAUGGGACGUUUCCGGGUACGGCGGUCAAUUCGGCCUGGCGUUCAUUACUUUCUUGUAUGUUGACAUCUUAGACUGCACUGGGACCUUGUACAGUAUGGCUCGCUUCUGUGGUGCCAUCGACGAGAGGACGCAAGACUUCGAGGGUUCGGCGGUCGCAUAUCUGGUCGACGCUUUUGGCAUUUCCAUCGGCGCACUAUUCGGCACUCCCCCGGUGACGGCGUACAUUGAAUCUGGUGCGGGUAUCUCGGAAGGCGGUGCCACAGGCCUGACCGCCAUGACGACGGGCCUCUGCUUCUUCAUUGCCAUUUUUUUCGCCCCGAUCUUCGCUUCCAUCCCACCCUACGCGACAGGGUGCGUGCUGAUCAUUGUGGGAUCUCUCAUGGCGAAAUCCGCAGCAGACAUCAAUUGGCGGUAUAUCGGAGACGCGAUUCCGGCAUUCCUGACCAUCGCCAUCAUGCCGUUCACGUACAGUAUCGCGUACGGCCUGAUCGCCGGCAUCAUCAGCUACAUGGUGAUCAACACGAUCGCGUGGCUGGUCGAACUCGCCAGCGGCCGCCGCAUCAGGCCCGCCGACAAGGAUUACAAGGAGCCCUGGACGUACAAGCUCGAGGGCGGCAUCUUGCCCCCUUGGGUCGUCCGCGCGUCCAAGGGCAAGAAGGAUUUCUGGCGGCCCUACGAUGACCUGGAGCACAAUGAUGCCAUUGUCACCGGCGCCGCCCCGGGUACGCCGUUCGGCCCCGUCAGCACCACGCUGGAAGGACGUGAACAUCCCAAUCCCGCCGGGGCCAGCCCGACGUCGGAUUUUGAUCUGAAACAAGCCGAAGCCGGCCACUCCAGUGCCGGCAGUGGGAGCGGCAGCACAAGUGAAGGCGGCGAAAAAGCCAAGGUUUAG